CGACGAGAGCCCAGUAGCUAUCAUUACCGAACACUUAAUUCGUACUUAGUGUACUCAAUCGUUGGUAGGCACCAAUCGCGACUAUGACGCUCGUAUUCCUUGGGAACUCCGGUACGUGCUCCUUUGCUUGUAUUGUAGCGUAAAGGCCUUAACCUAGGAAAGUAGCAGCAUAAUCUACCGCGCACGCGUUCUGCCUAGCUGUCGACCAAUUUUUAUUCUCCGCACAUGCCUGUGGACUGAGAAAUUAUGAUGUCCAUGUUGGUUUCCAGCGCUUCGACGAGUGUCUAAGUCGGUGGCCGAUGUGCGCGCCCCGGCAGUUCGGAGACUGCUGGAAGACUUGGACAAGGAAGUGCGUGUGGAGGCUGGAGUGGGCAUCGCAGCACCGCAGCUCGCUCACAACCUGCGCAUGUUUUUGAUGAUCAAGAACAUGCCGGAGAACGAGGAUGAUCUGAGCAAUUUGGAGUACCAGGCGGUAUUGAACCCGGAGAUCGUAGCCAUGUCCAAGUCGACCAAGCGCGACUUUGAAGGCUGUUUGAGCGUGCCAGGCUACCAAGGCAUUGUCAAGCGUGCUGAGGAGAUCCGGGUGCAGUACCAAGACGCAGAAGGCCGCAAGAUCCAGGAGACAUUGACGGAUUUCCCUGCUCGCGUGUUCCAACACGAACUCGACCACCUCAACGGCGUCAUGUACCUGGACCGCAUGGAAACCGGUAGCCUCAUUCACAACGAAGAGUUCGAGGCAAUGGAGUGGCUAGACAUUCAGAAGCUGCUGUUGCAAGGACCCCCAAAGAUCCCUCCUCUCAUGGUUCCUACGUCCACACAGACCGGUAACACUCGUCAAGGCAAGGGCAAAGGCAACCGUAGCAACAAGUACUAAAGAUCACCAUAGUCACUUGGAAUUUCUUGUCCUUAAUCGAUAAUGCUUUUUAGAAAAAGGUUAAACAAAAUACUUGUCAGACCCUCGUUGGGCCGCCUCGAGCCAUGCACUGUGGCCUGACUUCCCUCCCU